GUAUUCAUUUCAUAUAAGUAAUUACGUUUUUAUUAGAUAAAUACUAAAUUUUGGGAGUAUAUUUUUACAGAUCACUGUCAAUUUUUUUCUUCUUUAACUCAAAUAACAACUAAACAAACUCGAGCUAAUUUAGUCAUGUUGGUACGUAUACGUUCCAAAGAGGGUACAUUUCGUCUCGAGGUUGAUCCAAAUGAAGAUAUGUUAACUCUUGGUACGAAGAUCGCAAAGCAACUCGAGUUAACAGAUUAUAAUUCACUUGGGAUUUCUGAUACUCCAACAAAUACUACUGUCCCAAUAGUGAAUCUUAAUGGAAAGACAAUUUUAGAACUAGGAAUUAAACAUGGUGAUCUAUUAUUCGUGACAUUCAAAGAACCUACACUGGAAACUGAUGGAUCAAAUACGAUUCAAACAGAUUCGAAAGCUACAUCAUCCAAUCUAUCAGUAAGACAAGAUCCAGUUGAUGAAUUACUAGAAAAACAAGAUGGUUUGAUAAAACGAGAUAAAGAUCCAAAAUUCUGUAAACAUUCGGCAAAUGGCAUGUGUGAUUAUUGUAUGCCUUUAGAGCCUUACGAUCAAGGUUAUCUAACGGAAAAAGGAAUCAAGCACAUGUCAUUUCAUGCUUAUUUAAAAAGUAUUAACAAAGCAAAUAAGCAAUUGAAUGAAUUGAAUUCCAAAUUUAUUCCUCCAUUAGAAGAACCGGAUUUUCGGGUAAAAACAAAUUGUUCAGGUGGCCACGCUCCAUGGCCAGAGGGCAUAUGUACAAAGUGCCAACCAGGUGCUGUUACUUUAGCGCUUCAGCAAUAUCGUAUGGUAGAUCACGUGGAAUUCUCUGUAUCAGAUUUAAUUAAUAAUUUUAUUAAUUUUUGGAGAAAAUCUGGUUUGCAACGAUUUGGUUAUUUAUAUGGUCGAUAUGAGCCUUACCCUGACGUUCCUUUAGGAGUCAAAGCAGUAGUUGAGGCUAUCUAUGAACCACCUCAAGAGGGUGAAGUAGAUGGAUUGACGCUUACUCUUCCCUGGGAGGAGGAAAAUUUGGUUGAUGAAGUAGCUGCUGCUUGUGGUCUAGUAAAGGUUGGAAUGAUAUAUACCGAUCUUGCUGAUGAUGGCACGAGUAAAGGCAAAGUAAUUUGCAAACGACAUAUCGACUCCUAUUUUCUUACCUCUCAAGAAUGUUGCUUCUCAGCAGCCAUGCAAAAUAAGCAUCCAUUAUGUACAAAAUGGAGUGCCUCUGGAAAGUUUGGUAGUAGAUUUGUAACUUGUGUUGUAAGUGGCAAUAAAAGUGGGGAUAUUGAUGUUACUGCAUAUCAAGUAUCAAAUACUGGUGCAGCUAUGGUUUCUGCAGACAUAAUUGAAGCAAGUGUGGAUCCGAAUAUAAUGAGAGUUAAAGAAAGUACUCCUGAAAGAUAUGUCCCUGAAGUAUUUUACAAGUAUAAAAAUAAAUAUGGUGUUAAUGUGCAAGAAAGUGCUAAACCAUGUUUUCCCGUAGAAUAUUUGUUAGUUAACGUUACACACGGUUUUCCGUUCAACCCUUCACCACUCUUUACUUCACCAGUACAAUUCCCUAUUGCAAAUCGACCUGAAUUUGACGAUCAGGAUUUUGGAAUAUUGUAUCGUCAUCUUGGACUCAAAGAUAGUGGGAAUGUACACGUUAAUUCCGUAUCAGAUUUUCAACUUUUAACUUUUAUUAAAAAAACUCAAAUAUUGAGUGAUGACGACUUUGCGGCGUUAGCAAGAUUAGCAACUUCUCAUGAGGAAAAAGAUGCAAAACAAUUAGCUCUAAGUUCAGGAUGGCAAACAUUAGUUACUAUUUUGAGAGAAAGUGAUCAUCCAUCAACAAAUGGAGGUAGACUAGCAUAUCCGGGAGGUAGUAGUAGUAGCAGCUCAUCAUCAAGAGCAUCAGCACCAGAAUGGAGUUGUAGACAUUGUACUUUUGCUAAUAAAGGCCACACAACUAUUUGUGAAAUGUGUGCACUUCCUAGAGAUUAAAUUCACACAUUUUUUUAGUCUCAUUUUUUUUUAUUGUUGCUAUUACUCUUCACUCUUAUGUGUAAAUUUGUUUCACUUGUUAUUAGGUUGUUGUAGUAAUGUAAAAUUAAUAGAGAUCGGUUUUUUUAAUUUUUUAAUUUUA